CCCCGGCUGGGACAGAGCCCGGGGACAGCCACCCCCGUAGGGGAGGGGGUGUGGGGGUCAGGCAUGGCCCCGGAGCCUGGCUGGGGGGAUGCAGGUGCUCUCCUCUCUGGCCUCCCUGCGCACCGGAGUUCUUGGGCGCUCUUCCAAGGCAUCGCUAUCGCUUUGUUUCGGGUGGGGACCAAACCCUCCCAACAGAACAGCAGAUUUGGAUACAGGCAGGAAGGGACCUCCCUGCAGACAUGCUCACGCUUUGGUGCAUCUCUGCCCGGCGAUCUUCUUCUGUGAUUAAAGUCUCCAGCCCCGCAUAGAAGGAUGCUCUGACGCGGGCUGCCUCUCAUGCCUUGUGCCCCCCUGCUCCCCUCCUAACCCACCUGCUGAAGGAUGGCGGCCGCCUCUUUCCGCUACGGGCUGACCAUCGUGGGGGCCGUGCUGCUGGUGACGGGGACGCUGUGCUUUGCCUGGUGGAGCGACGGGGAGGUGGGUUCGGGCAGCGGGGCUCGCCUGCUGCCCCCCCGGGAGGCCGAGGCCGUGCCCAGCCCCUCGUCCCCCAGCGCGCUGCUCCGCUCCGUCAGCUUCUUCUGCUGCGGCAUCGGCGGCAUCCUCCUCGUCUUCGGCCUCCUCUGGUCCGUCAAGGCCAACGCCCGCGUGGUGUCCCGGCGCUACCAGUACCAUUUCCCCAGGGACCUGCAGUACUUCACGGCAGAGCCUCCGGAGAAGUGGAACUGCAGCAGCUGGGACGCCAGUGCCAUCCCCACCUAUGAAGAAGCGCUGACCUGCAGACCUGCCCACGGUGCCCCGGCCUACGUGCAGCCCCCGGGGAGGAAGGAGGAGCUCACGCCGCCCCUGUACCGCUACCUGGAGGAGGACGAGGGCUGGCAGGGCGGCCGCCGGCGCAGCUCCUCCGACAGCGCCCUGUUCCGCCCCAGCCCGUCCUGGCUGGAGCCGCCGCAGCCCCCGGAGCCGCAGGGGACGCCGCAGCCCCCGGAGCCGCAGGGGACGCCUCCCCCGAGCUAUGAGAACAUCAACGAGAGCAUCAGUGAGAGCAUCAGUGAGAGCAUCAGUGAGAGCAUCCGUGAGAACAUCCGCGUCCGGGGAUCCGAGCGGGGGCUGCCCGGGCCGGGACUCUGCGGGCGGCCGCCCAGCCCCUCAGCUUGAAACUGAGCCUUGUGGGGUGAGAGGAGGGUGGGGAGGGGCGGGAAGGGCAGCCUGCCUCUCCUGGCUGUCCGAGCCGUGUGUUGGGAUGGUGGUUCCCUGUGUUCAGAGCGUCGGGGGGAACUGGCAUGUUUGAAAACUUUCGUAUUUUUAAUAAAACCGCUGCUGGUUUCACAGGCUUUGCAUUCCCUGCUCUAGCCCACCCUGGGGGGCUCCUGUCAGGCUGGGGGAUGCCCAACCAAUAGUAAAUCUGCAGCAAAGACCCAGUAACCUGCCAGAGAAAGCCCAGCUCCAUCUGCAUUAUUCACCUCUCUGCCUUUGCAAUGCCCCUUCCAGCCCUGUCUCCAUCCCUUCCACCUUGCUUCCCUAAAUGCUAACUCCCCAUGCCUCACUUCAUUUGGUGCUGGAGAUGCUCAGUGGGUCGUGCCUGUGGUCAGAGCAUCCAAGUGCACUCGGCAUCCCAGGCAGCCUCCUGGAAAAGCCAUCCUGAGUGGCACAGCCCCCUCCCUCCUGCCCUCCACGGAUGGGUGUGCAGCCUUGCCCAGAGGAUGUGGCAGGGAUGCUGCCUGUCCCUGCAUCCCACCAAAACAAAGGGCUGCCCUGGGCCCCCUGUGGCCCUGCAGGGCUGCAGAGUGGCUGAGGAGCUGCUGCCACAUCUAAUACA